UUAAAGCCCUAAGCGUCUCUCACAGAGGCGUCACCAAGAGCCCACUUUCUCUGAGUCGUCUGACAAGAUAUGAGGUGUCAUUCUCGUGUGACACAGACCCUAACCCAGAGCUCUUUGGGAAAGGGGGAGAAAAAGAUUAGCAAAACUACCCAGGACUGACUUUGAAAUGUGCUUUUGUUUUUAAUAACCAGCGUCAGCCCAGCAGGCUUCAUUUGGGGGAAGAAACCUGCUGGAUUAUCCUGAGAGCCGCCGCUUCCUGCCAGGCUAGCCAUUUCCAAAUGCCCCAACCAUGAACAGAAACGAUUAGAAAACAGAGGCACAGAGAAGUGAUUUGCCUGAAGUCACAUGAGUAGGGAGGACAGAACUGGGAUUCCAAGUGCAGAGUCUCACUGUGGAGCUCAGGGGACCCUGAAGGUGGACCCCUAACGAUGGUGACACCCUCCUGAGAAGCAGGUCACUUCCCACAGGAAAAGGCCUCUCCAAGGAGAAUAUGAAAGUGAUACUCAGAACUCUUUGUUUCACAGUUCUCCUGAUUGCUUUAGAGGCUGAUGAAUGUGAGAUACGAGAAGAACCAGUCAUUUUAGUUUCAUCUGCAAAUGAAAUUGAUGUUCGUGCCUGUCCCCUUAACCCAAGUGAAAAGAUAAGCUCUGUGAUUUGGUAUAAAAAUGACAGCAAGACACCUGUAUCAUUGGAGCAAGACUCCAGGAUUCAUCAAGAAAAUGAUGAACUCUGGCUUGUGCCCGCUAAGGUAGAGGAUUCAGGACAUUAUUAUUGUGCCGUAAGAAAUUCAACUUUCUGCCUUAAAAUUAAAAUAACUGCCAAGUUUGUGAACAAUGAGCCUAACUUAUGUUAUAAUGCAGAAGCUAUAUUUACACAGAAAUUACGUGUUGCUGGAAAUGGAAGGCUUGUAUGCCCUCAUUUGGAUUUUUUUAAAAAUGAAAAUAAUGAGUUUCCCACAGUAGAGUGGUAUAAGGAUUGCAAACCUCUGAUUCUUGACGACAUAUGCUUCACUGGAGUCACAAACACGCUCAUUGUGAUGAAUGUGUCAGAGAACCAUAGAGGGAACUAUACUUGUCAUGCAUCCUACAUGUACUUGGGAAAGCGCUAUCAUAUUACCCGGGUAAUAGAAUUCAUUACUCUAGAGGAAAUCAAACCCGACAUUCCUGUGAUUGAGAGUCCAGCAAACGAGACCAUGGAAGUGGAGUUGGGAUCCAAGAUCCAAUUGCUCUGUAAUGUCACUGGCCACCUCACUGAUGUUGUCUACUGGAAGUGGAAUGGGUCACUAAUUUCAUCUGAUGAUCCAAUCCUGGUGGAAGACUUUGAGUUUAUGGACAGUCCUUCAGCCAAAAGAAAAACUAUACACAUCACAACGCUUAAUAUUUCAGAAGUCAAAAGUCAGUUUUAUCUAUCUCCAUUUACCUGUAUGGUCAAGAGUACAUCUAAUAUGUAUGCAGCAUAUAUACAAUUAAUCCAUCCAGUGCCUCAUUUCCAGAAGCACAUAAUUGGGGUGUUUGUUACAUUAACAAUUAUAAUUACAUGCUCUGUUUUCAUCUAUAAAAUCUUCAAGAUUGACAUUGUGCUUUGGUACAGGGAUUCCUGCUCUGAUUUUCUCCCCCCAAAAGCUUCAGAUGGAAAGAUUUACGAUGCAUAUGUCCUCUAUCCAAAGACCUCUGGGGAAGGGUCCACCUCAAACUCAGAUAUUUUUGUGUUUAAAGUGUUGCCUGAGGUCUUGGAAAAACAGUUUGGAUAUAAGCUGUUCAUUUAUGGAAGGGAUGAUUAUGUUGGAGAAGAUGCUAUUGAGGUCACUCAUGAAAACAUAAAGAAAAGCAGAAGACUGAUCAUCAUUUUAGCGACAGACAUAUCGGGCUUCAGCUGGCUGGGCCAUUCGUCUGAAGAGCAAAUAGUGAUGUAUAAUGCGCUUAUCAAGGAAGGGAUUAAAGUUGUCCUGCUUGAGCUGGAAAAAAUCCAAGACUAUGAGAAAAUGCCAGAAUCCAUUAAAUUCAUUAAGCAGAAACACGGGGCUAUCCGCUGGUCAGGGGACUUAAGAGAGGAACCGCAGUCUAUAAAGACCAGGUUCUGGAAACAUGUCCGGUACCAUAUGCCGGCCCAGCGGCGAUCUCCUUCCUCCAAACACCAGUUACUGUCCAUGGCCAAUGGGUCAGACUCUAAGGAGAGGCAUCAAAGGGAGGUUCACCUGCCUCUUGGGUAGCGUGGAGCACCUUGGCCAAGAGUUUUUUGGGUGCAUCCCAUCUUAGGGUGCUGAGCCUCCCACUGACUUGUAUAGUCAUAAAACGUACCUUAUCCCUGAGGUCACCUGGAAUCACACUGUUAAGGGAGCAGGAAUUGGGACAAUAGCAGGCCGGGGCAAUUCAGAGCAGAGGGUUUGGGAAAGGCUUUAUAAAGGACAACUAAUGCCCUCUCUGAAGGUUUGUACUUCUGAGAAAAAGGCCCUGAGACAGUGAACUGGAAGAAAAAGAAAAAAAAAAAAAAAGCAAGAAAUAGUCACCAUCUAUAGACAGUUUUAUUAAGUUGUCCACAGUCUGAUGGUGGGGCUUUGGCCAUCUCUGGGGUUGCUGCAGGGUCACUGACCCUGGAGUGUCUCUUCCAGGCAGCACGGCAGAUGAAGUGCGCCUGACACCUCAGAGGAGUUCUCUUCUUGGAGAACUUUUCAUGGCUUGCAUUUUCCAUACACAUCCACAGCAAGCUGUCACUUCCCAAAGACCAGAUUGUAUUUUAUAGACCUUGAGAAGUGUCAUUAAAGUGAAAAAGGGAUUCUGCAGGAUCCCAAGGUUGUGGAAUCGCCUGAGCUUUCUGUAUAAGAGGAGGGAUUUUAAAAGCAGAAGUUGUCCCACCUCUUCCACCACCUACUGCUUUCCUCCCUGGAUGACUGACCUGACCUUCCGUAUGCUUCCUCACUUUAGUUGGCUCAUUGCUUCUUUGGAAAGACAGCUAUGCUUGUCACCCCCACUCCAAGCCCCGCAGCCUGUUUGCAUAACCUUCCCCUCACUGGGCUGCAGUGUGAAUCCCAGGUUAGCCUCCCGGGCCUCUGCACCUGCUCUGGUACCUUCAUAUUUGCUGUGUCUCCUCCUCCCCUGACUACAAAUCCUUCUUGCAUUUUCUCCAGCUGACCAGCUCACUGAAAUUCAGAGUGGACUUCAGCACUCUGGUUCCUGGGCACCUUCCCCUAAGAGACUGCCACUCUUACACUCUGUCCCUCCUGCCAGUUAGCUAGUGCUGCCUGUUGCUGGUCCCCUUACAAAGUGGCCCCCACUAGCCAGAAUCUGUGCUCUCUGAGGACGUAUGUCUCUCUCUGUCCCUUGCUGCCUUCCACAAGCAAUUUGCACAUGUGAAAUAGAUUUGUGUAGUACUUUAUUGUUUAAUAAUGUUCUUGGGUAAUUAUAUCUAUUUUUUGCAAUUAUUCUAAUUUUAUAUAGAGAGAAAGUGACUUUUUAAAAAAUUGCUCUCUUAAUUCUGUUGGAUCUGGAACUUGAGCCUCUAUUUCUGGUUUCUAGUCCAAUGUUUGAAUACUUGAUUUCAGGUCAUUAAUUGUCCCUUCACCUGCCACUGAUUGUUUAUAGGAGGCCACUGACUCCAGGAGUGUUUUUACAUCACAAGCAAAUUAGAUAAUUUUCAGUGUUGGAAUUUAUAAAAAUUAUGUUUAGGUCUUAUGUAAAAUAUUUUUACUUCCAUGUGUUCUUUCCUUAAAGGUAAAUAUUUCUCAGACAAUUAAGAAUGAAAGCAAAUGGGUUUUUUUGGUACAGAAAAAAAUGUUUCAAAAUUUGAUCGUAGUCAUGAUAAUUAGAGCAACUCUGGAAAAUCACAAAGCCAAGUUCAUGUAACACAGGCAUGGUUUUCAAAGUAGAAUGAACAUAGACAGGUCUUAUUUUUAAAAAUAUUUUUACUACUUAAUAUUAUGGGUGAAGACAAACACUUAUUUGGAAGGAUUUUUUUUUUUGGGGGGGGGGGCGGGUGUGGUUACCAGGGAUUGAACCUGGCACUUGACCAUUGAACCACAUCCCUAGCCCUAUUUUGUAUUUUAUUUAGAGACAGGGUCUCCCUGAGAUGCUUAAUGUCUUGCUUUUUCUGAGGCUGGCUUUGAACUCUUAAUCCUCCUGCCUCAGUCUCUGGAGCCACUGGGAUUACAGAUGUGCACCACUGCGCCCAGCUGGAAGGAUAUUUUUCCCCCGAAGUAGUCAGAGCUACAAAAAAACACACAGAGUUUAAUAUUUUGACUCUUCCUUUUUUACCUGUUUUCUCCUGCUAUUAUUCAGUGCUAUCCGAUCCAAUAGCACUGAAUAAUAAUGCUGCUUUGGAGCUGCUGUUUUCAAAGAAAUGGGUUGUUUCUUUUGGCUGUACACAGAGAGCCGGAAGUCUAAUGGGGUGGAGGGGUCUCAUGACUCCCAAGGUCUGCUAGAUGCUUUAGAAGUUUAAUUCUGUUGAUGAUUUUUAUCUGUCAUCUAGCAUAUAUACUGCCAAGAAGGCAAGUCAAUUCUGAAACUUAGAAUUAGCUAAGGGGUGAGGGUGGGGACAGCCAAGAAUUUCGAGUAGCUUGGUACUAAUAAUUUAGAGAGGAACAAGAAUGAAGAGAUAAGCUUGAACAAGGAUCCUAAACAGGAAAGCACAGUGUCAGUCCCCAAGUCUCCUGGGAGGGUUCCACAGGAUGAAGCCACAUUCCUGAUCCCUGCGACCUUCCUUUAUAUGAUUGUCUUCUCCACCAAACGCUUUUUAAAGCUCUUCCUUUCCUGCAUUCCCCAUUAAUUAGCUCUUACUGCACUUUCUAAUGGUAUUUUUUAAAGUCAGUUUAAAUGUUGAAGAAAAGUUUGUAAAUGCAACAAAAUAUUUAAUUACCAGUGGUUAAGACUGGCUUAGCAGAAUUUAUAUUUUCCCUCCCCUGUCUUUCUUUUUAAUUUUACUUGCAAUAAAAGAAAAAGUAUUGAGCCAUUUUUAAUGACACUUUGAUAAAUUAUGUUUGUACUGGUUAAUGAAGGUUUUUUUGUAAAUCGUUUGUAUAAUUCUGCAACAGAUGCCAACUAUUUUAUAUCUUAAAACACCAAGUUUAUGUCCAUCAAUGCAUCAUUGAUCAAGAGACUGUACUUGUUUUCCAAUAAAAUUGUUAAACUUUGUACUGAA